GUGAGGUUUGCGGUUGGGAGGGGCGGAGGGGUUCUUUCUAAAGCCACAUCAGAGGCUCUUAUGGGAGCACAUCUUGCUGACUGUUUGACAGGACAAAGUUUUCUUUGGGGAUUGAACACACAGCAGCUGCAAUGAUGCGUUCUUAUUCAUGGCUGAUCUUCAAAGCAGUCCUGGCUCUGCUAUUAUCACCUCCGAGCAGUGCAGACACCGAUACAUUCCAAGGAGCCUUCCCGUAUCCGAACAAAUACGCACCAAAUAAAUCAGAGGGGUGUCUACAGUCACCCAUCGGGGCGCUUUUCUCCCGCGGCGCCGCUUCCAUAGCCUCAACGGAUGAGAUCCUGGAGUCCAGCCAGGAGGCGCUACACGUGACAGAGCGCAGAUAUCUGCGGCUGGACUGGUGCAAGACUCAGCCGCUGAAGCAGACAAUCCAGGAGGAAGGUUGCCUGAGCCGCAGCAUUAUCAACCGCUUUUGUUAUGGACAGUGCAACUCUUUCUACAUCCCUCGGAAUUCCCAGCAUGAUGGGAUCAGCAUCUUUCAGUCCUGCUCCGCUUGCAAACCAAAAACAUUCAGCACCGUUACAUACACCCUCUUCUGCCCGGGACAGACGCCCAGUACGCGAAAGAAGCGGAUCCAACGCGUAAAGCAGUGUCGCUGCGUUAAUAUUAAAACUGAUUGAACCCCCGCUGGAUUACACUUUGAUUCAAGGAGAGAAAAAGGAAAUGUUAGAGUUGGGGCAACAGAGAAAGGAACUUUAAUGAACAUUUUAUAUUGGACUCCUUAAAAUAGGACUAAGUAAAUGUUUUCUUUGGUCAUCUGCGGGGGAAAAAAUGCACCACAUUGACCAAGAUCUUGCUAAUGGCUCCAAAGAAUCAGUUGAGCACUUUAGAGAACUGUGUAACAGAUGGUCACGUUUAGAUGGUAAAGACUUUUCCCAUCUACUCAACUUUUCAUCAAUACAUUUGGAUGCAGCAGACUGAUAGCCCAGAUUAUUUAAAGGCCUUUUAUGUCUUUAUUGUUGAUGAUCUGAGUGGUUUUCAGCUUGACAAUUAAGCAGUAAUUCCCUUAUGUAGAAUAUAACUUUAAAUUUAUGCAGAAAAAAAAUCCUGUUUGUAUUGCCUGGUGUAUUUUUGUUUUUGUUUGCAAACACAUUUAAUUUGUGGAUUGCAUAAAUUCUGCAAUGAUCACCCCCAACUAAACACAUAACAUAAAUGCAUCACAUCAUCUUCUGUGUAUAAGGAAGAAAUAUAUAACCUGUACAUUGAAACAUUACUAAAAUAACACAGUGCAGCAGUGGGUAACAAAGUUGCCUUGCAGCAACAAGGUUCUGGGUGUGAUUUUUGGAUGGACAGAUAAAUGAAUUAAUUUUAGUUAUUAAAAUGAAUUUUAGUUAUUCAUUUAUCAAUCCAUGAAUAUUUCUUUAAAUAAUCUAAUUUAUUGGGUUAUUUUUAUUUCUAUUAUUUUAUCCCCACACCUGAUGCUACCCAAUGUGACGGCCAUCAAUGAUUUGUCUUUGUUUCUUAAAGCCACUUGUAAAUAAAAAAAAUCAUUAAAGACACUUUC